AUGACAAAUGGGUAUUGGAGUUGCAUAACGUGAUGCCAAGAAGAACGUGAGGGAAGAGCAUUACAGGCUUGCAGAAUAUGUAAGUUAUCCUUGAAGUCCGGUGUAGAUCAUGUGAGAAUGAGGGUUCAUGGUAAGAAGGAUCUUGUAUAAACAGAGAACUAUUCCUCCCCCCCCAAGUUUCUCUUUCAUUUGAAAAUUUAAUAAUUAAAUUAGGAUAAUCAGAUACUGCCAAAACAAAUUUCAAUUACCACAAAGCAAGCUACUGUCCUAUAAAUUCCAGCUCCCUUCUCCCUUCUUCUCCAUGCCCUUUCUUUUGAAGUUGCAGAGGCUACUGGGUAUCUCGCAUUUUCACUUCAAAGGUACAAUCAUGGCGAGAAUUCCCACGUUUGUGGUGGCACUUUUGCUCUUGUUGUAUUUGUCAAGAGCAGAAUACAUGAAAUAUAAGGAUCCAAAACAGCCACUGGCAGUUCGAAUCAAUGACCUGUUCAAGAGAAUGACGUUAGAGGAAAAGAUAGGACAAAUGGUGCAAAUUGAACGCAGUGUUGCAUCGGCUGAGGUUAUGAAGAAGUAUUUCAUUGGAAGUGUGUUGAGUGGGGGAGGGAGUGUUCCAAGCAAACAAGCUUCUGCAGAGACUUGGAUCAAUAUGGUGAACGAAUUUCAGAAGGGUGCUUUAUCGACCAGGCUUGGAAUUCCAAUGAUUUAUGGCAUUGAUGCUGUUCAUGGACACAACAAUGUCUACAAGGCAACAAUCUUUCCCCACAAUAUUGGCCUUGGAGCUACCAGGGAUCCUCAGCUUGUUAAGAAGAUUGGAGCUGCAACUGCAUUGGAAGUUAGAGCUACAGGCAUUCCAUAUGUCUUUGCACCUUGUGUUGCGGUUUGCAGAGAUCCAAGAUGGGGUAGAUGUUAUGAGAGCUACAGUGAAGAUCCAAGCAUUGUUAAGUCAAUGACUGAAAUUGUACCAGGUCUGCAGGGGGAUGCUCCUCCUGAUGGCAAGGGUGUCCCUUACGUUGCUGGAAAGUAUAAUGUUGCAGCUUGUGCCAAGCACUAUGUGGGUGAUGGUGGAACAACAAAUGGCAUCAAUGAGAACAACACUGUAAUAGACAGACAUGGGUUACUUAGCAUUCAUAUGGCAGGCUACUAUACCUCAAUUAUAAAGGGAGUAUCAACUAUCAUGGUUUCUUACUCAAGCUGGAAUGGACUUAAAAUGCAUGCUAACCUCGAACUUGUCACCGAAUUUCUCAAGGGCACUCUCCGCUUCAGGGGUUUUGUGAUUUCAGACUGGGAGGGUCUUGAUAGGAUUACGUCUCCACCUCACGCUAACUAUUCAUUUUCCGUUCAGGCUGGAAUAAGUGCCGGCAUUGAUAUGGUUAUGGUUCCAUUCAACUACAAAGAAUUCAUAGAUUUGUUAACCUUCCAAGUGAAGAACAAUAUCAUUCCCAUGAGCCGCAUUGAUGAUGCAGUUAAGAGAAUCUUGAGAGUUAAAUUCGUAAUGGGUCUAUUUGAGAACCCACUUUCUGAUACUAGCCUUGUCAGUGAGCUUGGGAAACAGGAGCAUAGAGACUUGGCUAGGGAAGCUGUGAGGAAAUCACUUGUACUUCUA